CGUGUACCAAUUAUACUAAUCUGAGGUCUGUAUCAACAAGUUGAGAACAUCCAAUUUGAACUAUGUGGUCAAUCAAAGAAACUCGUGGUAGUAGAAUAAAAAUAUCUUUGUAUGAGAAACACCAAGUAGAGGAAAGUUGCCUCGAGAAGCACACAAUAUAACUAACUGACGAGGCCAUCCUCUUCGUACUGGCUUCGCAAUUUCCGUCGAAGCCAUUACUGCACAAUAAAUAUCUCAACUUCCAAUCGUCUUCUUCUCCCGUUGGUGAUGGCAUCUAUAUCACCGUCUCCAAUCUGUCUCCACCGCACAUCCACUGCAUUCCACCGUCAAUUGCCUUGCUUGCUCUUAUCUCCUCCCGGCCACAAAUUUGCUGCUUCACCUAAAUGUUACCGACUUGCGGAUUCGAGAGAGACCUUUCGCCUUGCUUCAUCCAACACUUUGACGGCCAAUUCUGUACCGCCUCGAAAUGGUGUGUAUACGGUGGGUGAUUUCAUGACUAGAAAAGAGGAGUUACGUGUGGUAAAGCCCAAUACAUCGGUAGAUGAAGCGUUGGAAAUUCUAGUGGAACACAGGAUCACUGGUUUCCCUGUGAUUGAUGAUAACUGGAAAUUGGUUGGUCUUGUUUCUGACUAUGAUCUAUUAGCUCUCGACUCUGUAUCAGGUACAGGAACAGCUGAUGCAGGCAUAUUUCCUGAAGUAGACAGCAACUGGAAAACAUUCAAUGAGGUUCAAAAGUUGCUUGGUAAGACGAAAGGGAAAGUGGUUGGUGAUCUGAUGACACCUGCUCCUUUAGUAGUUCGUGAAUCUACCAAUCUUGAGGAUGCAGCAAGACUUCUACUCAAAACAAAAUAUCGCCGGCUUCCUGUGGUAGAUGGUAAGGGUAGGCUGGUGGGAAUUAUAACAAGGGGGAACGUUGUAAGGGCCGCCCUUCAGAUAAAGCGGGCUACCGAAACGGAAAAUUGACAUGUACCAAUAUAACUUAACUGUAAAAACAAGUACUGCAGUUUGUCCCUUCUUUCAAAGGAUCUGGUGGUCAAGGCAAUCAACUUUUAUAAGCUGCAGUUCUCAUAUAUACUGUGUCGGACUAGGAUUUAUCUAUGUAAUUAGCAAACUUGUAGGAGAAUAGUGAGACUACAUCAGCGUUUAAGACAUUGCAGAGUUCAUUCUGAUAGAUCAUACCGUUAAAAGGCUACAUGCAAAAACAAAGUGUUCGAGUCAAAACUCUUCAAGGUUUGAAACACAGAAAAAAACAGAUAUUUAUUGCAAGUGGGAAACAUUUUAUGUGCUCCUUAAAUAGUAGGCACCUUUCUUGACUCUGGAACUUUGCUCUUUGAAUGAAUGGACUUUGCGGUUGAUUUUGUUAUGAA